UCAACAACCCUAUGGUUAUAGUAUUAGUUUUGUAUUUCUUGUUAGGAUAUAAUAUUAGUUCUAACUACUUCAAGAAAACUAUAUUCGAUUCCAUUCAUACACUAUAAUAUACAUAAAAUUAAGAAUUUCUUCUUCACCAUCUAUAAAUCCCCCCUAGACCUCUCACCAUCCACCCAUCAUACUUAAAGUCUACAAGAGAGGGAGCAAUAUUAUAAACAGACAGAAAAAAAAAUGGAGAGUGCCAAUGCAUCAAUAAUGCCAAUGGAAAAUAAUAUUAACGAUAUUGGGCUUAUUAAUUUCUUGGACCAGGAUAAUUUUGAACAAUUUAUUGAGCUUAUUAGGGGUGAAACUGCUGACCCUAUAGUAAAGUUUUGCCCAAACUAUGAUUUUGAAUAUAUCACAGGUUGUUUUUCCGCGGCCAAUGCGCAAUUUGAGCCAACAUCGAUGGAUUUCUAUGAUUGGAAUGCUACAAGCUUGCCUGAUCCUAUUUCGCUAUAUACUUCGCUUCCUGGUGAAAUGAAGCUCGAUGAAGAUGAGGAAGAUUGUGAUGAAUCUUCUGGCACAACGGCUCCCCCCUCAACCGCGAGAGUGACUUCGGGAACGCCAACAACAAAAAGCACGAGGACUGACCGGUCGAGAACUUUGAUUUCCGAACGGAAAAGGAGAGGAAGAAUGAAGGAGAAGCUUUACGCUUUGCGAUCCUUAGUUCCUAAUAUCACAAAGAUGGAUAAAGCCUCCAUCAUAGGAGAUGCAAUACUAUACGUACAAGGACUGCAAACGAAAGCCAAGAAACUAAAAGUAGAAAUAGCAGAGUUUGAGUCAUCAAUCAACGGAAUGAACAAUAAUCAAAGUGGACUAUUUCAAAAUGCCAAGAAAAUGAAUUUCACGAGCUAUUAUCCAACAAUCAAGAGGAUAACAAAGAUGGACGUUACUCAAGUAGAAGAAAAAGGAUUUUACGUGAGAUUAGUUUGCAACAAAGGGCGAAAAAUUGCAGCUUCUCUUUUCAAAGCUCUUGAGUCUCUCACUGGAUUCAAUGUUCAAAGUUCCAACUUGGCUACUUCUACCAAUGAUUAUAUUUUGACGUUCACUCUUAAUGUGAGAGAAUGUGAGGUGGACAUAAACUUUGGCAAUUUAAAGCUGUGGAUAGCUAGUGCUUUUCUUAAUCAAGCAUUUGACUUAGAGACAUCUCCAUUGGUCUAAUAUGUCACGUUAUUGUAACUUUUCAAAAUAUUGAACCCAUCAAAGAAUGAGAAAUGUCAUAAAGCGAUAGUCGUUUGUAACUUUUAAUUAAUUAAAAUUACGUGUCCUAGGCUAGCAAUGGCGCGUUGUCGUUCGCAUACAUGCAUGUGACAAACCUAAUCAUUUCCUAGAUUUAAUUAUCUGUAUUUCUACUA